AUGCCCACUGCAACAUUAAACCAUGUCCCUGGCAAAAGGAAGCCAGAUACGAAUAUCUCCAAGGAUGCCCAUUUGCCGAAGCGACCCCGAAGCAACGAUCCUAAGACUCCAAUACCAGCUCUGCUAGCUCCACACGAAACUAUUGUCGCCGAGCUCAACUCCAAAUAUGACAUCCUACCUGCGUCAGUUAUUUCGUCAACGCAAAUCAAGAACCGCAUCACGCAGGUUGCAAAUCACAUAAUAACUCAAGGCGACCGCCCUCGAGUAGCGCUGCUGUAUGCGCGAACCGGCGACGUCUGCAAGCUUAUCACUGUGGUGGAAAAAUGCAAGCGGAUUGUCAAUGAGGAAGGGAAAGCAUAUUAUCAGUACAACCAGCUAUUCGACCAACCAGAAAAAUCUAAAAGUAAGGAUAUUGUUGAAGAGACAAUCCUUGAAAAGGACGCCCAAGAAGACAACGAUUCCGACAACGAUGAUUUCGAAGUUAUGCACAACAGCCGAUUCGAAGACGCAGUGCUACCUAAGCCCUCUCCACGAUCUGUGAAGUCAAUGAGGGUUUUCAUUUCGACUGUGCCCAUACAGGAACUGAAAAUAAAGAAGGGCGUUACGGUCCAGUCUGGUACAGCCAAGCAGGCUUGA